GUUGUUUUCCUCCACUUCUCUGCGGCCUCUCUUUCUCCUCAGCAUCUCUCUGCUUGGAAUUCUCUUGCUGGAGAGGUGGAAGCCCAGGUUCCUGUUUGACUUCUCUGCGCAGCCCUCGGAGGAGCCGGGAGGGGACAGUGAGAGCGUGACAGCCGGAGCACAGCCCCACCUCCUCAGCGUCCCCGAGCUGUGCUACUGCCUGGCUGAGAGCUGGGUCACCUUCCGCUUGUACCUGCUGGAGCUGCUACAGUACAAGAGGCAAAACCCUGCCAAGUUCUGUGCGAGGGUCUGUUCGGGGUGCCUGAUCCUGGCUAUGGUCGGACACUAUGUUCCGGGCAUAAUGAUCUCCUCCAUCAUCUUGCUCAGCAUUCUGCUGUGGCCGUUGGUGGUUUACCAUGAGCUGAUCCAGCGGAUGUACACGCGGCUGGAACCUGUCCUGAUGAAACUGGACUACAGUAUGAAAGCAGAGACCCUGCACCUGAAGCACGAGAAGAGAAAGCGCCAAGGAAAGAGUGAACCCAUGGCUGGCGAUGAGCCAAUGGCAGAGACCGAGAGUGAGAGCGAGGCGGAGCUGUCUGGCUACUCCCCGGUGGUGGAUGUGAAGAAGACAGCACUAGCGCUGGCGAUUACCGACUCUGAGCUCUCUGAUGAGGAGGCUUCCAUCCUGGAGAGCGGGGGCUUCUCUGUCUCCAGGGCCACCACCCCGCAGCUGACUGAUGUGUCUGAAGACCUGGACCAGCAGAGCCUGCACAGUGAGCCGGAGGAGUCCUUCGCCAAGGACCUGGCAGAGUUCCCCUCCAUAGAAGAGUAUCAUUCCAGAGACCUGGGGCCACAAAGCGACGACGAUGCCUUCGGGGUGCCACUGGGCCCUGAGCUUGCCCAUGCUACCCACGAGCUGGACUCUGUGGAGAAGGAAGCUGUGGACUCUGACCUCUCCGUUCUCCAUCUAGCUUCUCCUCUCCAUUUUGUAAAUACGCACUUCAAUGGGAACGGGCAGGUGGCGCCAGGCGGCGCAGAGCCGCAGACGGCUGCUGCCCCCGGCCUGGGCAUCCGCAUCGAUGUGCUAAGCGAGGAGAUUGUCACCACUGCCAUCACCACGGUGGUGCAGAACACCCUCUCGGCCCUGCUGCGCUCCUCUGAAGCUAGUGAGGGGCCCUCCCUCUCCGAGUUCCUCCCCACUGAGCCCGAAGAGAGACUGAACUUCCAGGCACAGCUGUCAGAGACCGAGGUGGUGGGGAUGGAGACUGCAGCUCCCCUGGAGGAGGAGGGGGAAGUGGAUGACUUUGAGCUACUGGAUCAGAGGGAGCUGGAGCAAAUGGAUGUAGAGAUGGGGCUUGGAGGAGAGCAGGAAGUGCAGGAAUCGCCCGUCCCUCCAGUUCCAGCUUCCUCCCAGCUGCCAAAGCCAGAGGAUGCAGAGGAGGCGGGGGCAGCGGCGUCUUUGUCUUAGGUCGUCUCUGUCGCCCCCUCUUUCCUCGUCCUCCCUGGAAGGACGGAAGGAUGGACGGACUCCUGCAGUGAGAGAUUCGUGUUGACCAGGGUGGCAAAACGGCUGUGUUCAUGUGCUGUCGGAAUAACCCAGCCUGCCCAGCCCAGCCUUCCUCGGUCUGAGUGAGGAGAGGAACCAGGCCGCAGCUGUAACCCCAACCCCAGCAAAAGCUUCCUAGUGAUGGUGCAGUAUUUUGGUCUGUCUUCUGUUUGGCUUUCGUUGUGCACGCAGAGUACUGAGCUAGACGUAGCUGCUGCUAUCCCACAUCCCCAGCAGGACAGAGGCAAGCGUAGUUUAGUGGGUUUUUAAAUGGCUAAAAGUGUAAAUAAUUUUAACUGUCUUUGGUUGAGCUGGAUGGGGGGAGGGAAAGGAAAUACAGCUCCGAUCUCCGGGUGCGGGGAAGAGCAGAGGCAGGCCGCUUCCUACCAGCAAGGAAAAGGUGGGUGGAUGCAGGAAGGGGCCUGUGAGGCAGAUGGCAGACUGUAGUAGCCUCUCCAUCAAACCUAGCAUCGGGUAUUUCCCUGGGUGUCUGGCCCGGAGACCACUGCUGUGAACGGAGCAGCUUCCAGGUCUGGACCAGUUGUUCCUUGCCCCGGUUCGCUCCUGUCUUUAACUCUGCGGCACACAGACGGCUCCUCAAACCCUCGUGCUCUAAAUAAGCGUGACCAAGCCAGACCCCCGAGUGCUGCUUCCUCUUGUCUAGUGUCUCGCUGUGGCAGCUGGCUGGCUUUCUGGUGGCUUGUGCAGCGGAGAAGCGUCUGAUUGUUUUAUGGGUGAGACUGUUUUGUGGCUCUAGUCGGAGGGGCUGCGCAGACAGUAAUUGUGUGAGAGGGACCCCCCCCAAUCUAAUUUUUUUGAUAACUAAAGGCUGUUUUUAGGCGGUGUUCUGCAAUCUCUUACUGCACUUUACAUCCCAAGUGCCCCCUCCCACGCCCAAGGCUGGGCCAAUACAACUCGCUCUACCACCUCGUCCCUCGUAACCCGUGUCCCUGCUGUGAGCACUUGGCAUCUCCGUUCCAGUCCCAGCACAGGAUCAUUCACUGCUGCCCGGUGAACCUGCUCCUCCUCUGGCAGGCUGCCCUCGCUGCGUCUGGGAGCUGUCAGGGCAGUGCGAGGGACGGAAGAGCCGCCUCAGAUCUUGUCCUCUCAAGCAGGGCCUUUGGAAGCACCUCCCAUUCUAGCCCAGUUGGGUACCCAGCGCUUCCUGGGACUGUCCCAGUGUACACCGUGCACUAGGUUCUGAUCUCGCUUCCAGCAGGAGGCACUGCUCCCUGUAUCGCAGCCACAGGCCAUCCUAGCUCUAGUCCCUGCCCAGAAUGGCUCCUGUUGUGUUCCUGGAGCAGGGAAUGGGCGUCCUUGGCCGUAGCUCUGGCAGGGGAACAGGAGAGGCUCUACUGACUCUAAGGGGGAGCUGUAAACUGACUUGGCAGCUUCUGUGCACAGCCCAGCAGCAAGGGCUCAGCCAGCGUGUGACGGCUCAGCACGUCCCCUUGGACGUUCUGGGCCUGGUCGGGCUAGCUCUGUCCGCACAGACAGCGUAUGUGCAAAGGCCUCUGUGAAAUGGUGGGGAGUGGAACUUCGGGCUCUGCCUCGGGCAUAUAGGCCAACACGCCCAAGAGCAAGGCUGCCUGGAGUCCUGUCUGUCGUCACACCUAGUACGUCCAAUCCCUCUCACUUUCGUAACCCCCGUACUGUCUUAAUGUACCCCGGGGUCUGGCUGAGACUGCCCAAGCGUUACCGCUCAGGGUCUCUGUGUCCUCAUUGCCCGUAGACCCUGCUGCGUGAGGAAGUGGAGGAGUGGGAAUUUUAUUUAUGUACAGGGCUGUUGCAGCCUCUCCUAUCAACUCUUACUUAGGGUGCUGCAGUCGAGAAACGUAUGGAAAGUGAGAGGCUGCAUGCCCGUGGCCACCAGUCCCCGGAAUAUGGGCCCAGGGAGAGAGUCUGUCUAGCCUGAGUGGAGAGGCAGGAUGCCUUGCUGUGCUUCCCUGCCCCCAGCCAGCACUCUCUCUUCCAGAGCUGAGACGGUCAGCUCAUCACGCACCCAGGCGCAGCCCCUUGACUGGAUUUCUCAUAACUGACAGCAGAGCUUUUAAAUUCAGAAAACUCUCCUGAGAUCAGAGGGCUGAGAUAACCAGGGGAUGGGAGCAGAGGCCCAGUGACGUCUUUGCUACACCCCUUGGGCAGAGCAUUUUGGAGAGUUCUCUGGCCCCACGACCGCAGUUGAAGCUGGGCUUCGGCUGUCCCCCUGUAUUGUGUGUGCGCUGAUCUCCCCCCACCCCCUUCCCUGUUUGUGUGGGACAGGGCAGACUCCAGAGGCGUUGGUAGCUCUGUCACUGUUUGACUGUUCAAAGCAUGGACUAGCUGGACACUUCUACACUCUGUAUGACUUCCCUGCUCAAUGGAACAUUCCAUGGGCGUGGUGGCUUGUGGGUCUAUGAAUUCUUUAAUGGUAGCCCCUCCUGGCCUCUUUCGAGCUAGGACGAUCUGCUUUCAAAUCCCAGGUUUGGGAAGCGUUAAAUUAUUUAUUGAGUAGAUAAUAUAGAGGCAUUUCCCGAAAACCUCCUCCUAGCCCAACGAAUGCCAAGCUGGCCCAAAUGGAGCCUGUUCUCACCCCCUUUACCACAGCAGUGUAGCCCUAGCAAGCAGUGCACUGCCUCGGAGAACACCCUGUCUCAGGAGGGUGGCUGCAGUCUGCUUGGAUGUAAAUUAGAUAAGCUCCUGGUAGGCUGCCAAAGCAAAAUGUCGGCCUCCUUGUCCUGCAUUGCAUUGGGAAUCCCAGGCGCAGCGCAGCAUCCUGCGGGCUACAGGGUUGUGUGCAUGGCCCACGUGGCAGCCACCCACGUUCAAAUGGUGCUAACGUUGUUCCAAAAAGCCCCCGCCAACGUAUCCAGUGAACAGGCUGCCACAUAUCGCUAACCAAGGCAUUGUUGCACGGUAGGAGCACAAAUGGGUCACAAUAAUUUGGACCCCAAAUUUUCUUUCAGGAUGGGGGGAGGGGAAGGGAUCUUGUAUGCUUGUGCUCAUAUGCCCACUCUCUCCCUGAGCACUAUGUCCGCAAGAGAAUUUGAGGCACCAGUGCUGGUAGCCGUGGGUGGCUUUUCAUUGCUGGUAGGUCUGCAGGAGACCUGGUAAUAAAAAUGUGUUAAUCUCUUCCUAAGAACAUCCAGGAAAAGGGGGAGGGGUCCUUGUAACCAGUGUUCAUUCUAUGGCUAUAUUUAAAAGCAAAAUGUAGAAUUUGUAAUAAAAAAUAAAAACAAAAAAAUGUUAGAGGAGAAAGUUCUGGGCAAUAAAGUUUGUUGGCUGUA